CACGGCAGAGACGACGGAGUGUAUUACUACGGCUCAAGAAGAGAACCAGCAAACUUUCAACUGACACAAAUGUAACUGGGUCGUAGCAGUGCAGCACAUAAGUGCCGUGUUCAUGGCAACAAAAUGUGAUCGUGGUUUACUACUGAACGUCCUCACUCCGAAUACUCGCCACAUCCAUGCAAGCGUGUGUAUGUACCGAUAGUAAGAAAAGGAGAGAAUACGGGCCGUGGGAAAAUGUUCCUUUUUUGGACAUUACCCGUUAUGCUUCUUAUUUUGACAUGGGAUGGAGGACUCUCUCAGGAUGCAAAUCGUGUGGUUUUUUCUCUGGGAAAGUUUCAGAAUUUAACCGUUCCUCCGAACGCGACUCUGCAGGUGGUGGUGUCCAGGAUCCCUUGGGAGGUGACACACAUCACCCUGCAGUUUCACACACAGCGACGCAAUACCACAUUGUCCUACAAAAAGAUCCCAACUCCCGACUCCGCCAACACAGCGGUGGAUUCGGGCCUGCUGUCACCCCUCUUUCCCUGGCAGAACUUCCUCACCUGGUACCUGCUGUCACCUGAUGAUGACCCCGUUGCAGGCACGGGUGUCAUCCUGCCCUACAAGCACAGGGACCCAGUUCCUGGAGGAUGCAACCUGGAAUAUGACCUCACAAUUGACCCCAAUAUCUACCUGCACUACAACCUGUUUAAGACUACUAUCCACUUUGCUCCAGCUAACAUCGGAUAUGCAAGAGGAGCCACCCUGCCAGCCUGCAACAUAUCCCAGUGGCGCUUGGAGUAUGAUAUCUACCGCUUUUACCUUCCAACGGGUGACUACUCAGAGCGGACCCUCCUUUUCUACAUAGAGAAAGCAGCCAGCGUGCAGAGCUUGACAGAUUAUGGGGAAAAGCUAGCGACACUUUCCUCGAGCGAGGAGACAUCCAUGACCAUCAGUUCGGUAGCGGGUCAGGGUGUCAUCUAUUCGGUCAUCGCGAGGGACACGACGCUAAACACGUCUGCCUCCUACAUCCCCGUCCACACCUACAGCUGCAGCUUCUCCUCUGUUCUGGACGACUGUCUGAGUAUGGGAAGGAUUUCCACCAAGGUCUUUUUCACACUGGGAGGUUUGGCUGGCCUUUUUGUCUGCUUCUUUGGGCACCGUUUUUUCAAAUGUGAGCUUUUCUGCAUGGGUUUUGCCUUCACGGGACUGAUCUUCUUCGUUCUGAUCACCAGAACCACCCUCCUGGAUUACGACAUGCGGCUGGCCCUGACGGCAGUGAUGGGAGUGGUGGGCGGGGUUUUGCUGGUGUUAAGCUGGUGGCGUUUUGGGUCGGUCAUGGCCUGUGUGAUAGUGGUGGGCCUCAUCCUGGGCUUCUUGGUGGCGUCCAUCAUCUUCUACACGCCUCUCGGCGACCUUGCGGUGUUCCGCUCGAGUGUGGUCUUCUGGGUCACUUUCAGCUGCAUUGUGCUGGUGGUCCCGCUCAUCUUUUUGCGCUGGCCCAGAGAGGGGAAUAUAACUACCUGUGGUGUGGCCGGGGCCUACGCCGUGGUGCUGGCAGUGAAUGCUUACGUCUCCACCAGCCUGGCCUACAUAACCCUGGACAUUCUCAAGCGCUUCCUCAACAUCAACUUCAACAGAGAGUUCAUCAACGUGCCCCUGCAGGACAUCGAUUUUGGGAUGAUCACGGUGUGGGUGGUGCUGGGUGUGAGCGGGACGGUGCUGCAGCUGUGCCGGGAACGCGAGCGCCCCUUCUUCCCCCCGAGCCCCUACCUCAUGUGGAGACAGGCCAGGGAGCGGCGCAAAACCAACGUCCUGGACCCUAGCCACCACGUGCCCCCGCUGCCGGGACGGCUGCGGGCGCGGCUCCAGGGCAUGUUCCGGAAGAGCGAGCCGGCCGACGAGCAGACGCCCCUCCUUCUCUGACCUCAUGUGACAGGACACGCCCCUCCUGCUGUGCCGUCGACUCUUCAGAGCGACACGUUGCCCCUCCCCAAAAGCCCAAA